AACCGCUACCUGGUGUUGGAGAAAGAUAAGGUCAACGCCAUCAACAAACUCCUGAUCAAGAAUGACUCUCCUGCUGCUAACAACUGGCAGAGCAUGCUGGGCAGUGUGCCACCACAGUUGUGGGAAAUCAUGCACACUCUAUAUAUGGACAUACUUCCCCCUGGAUCUCUGGCUGUGUGUCUUUCUUUUCUUGAAAAGGGAAACCUACUGGCAUAUGAUAAGGGAAGAGCCAAACGCAGGUUUAAAAGCACAUGUACCUCUAACCAGGAUUAGGAGUGGGCAAGAGAACGCAAACGUGUCAGGAACCAUGCGGGCAACAUUAGAGAACGUCAGAGUUCUGUAUUUUGCCACUAAUUGCACGGAGCCGUAUGUGCAGAUCAUCACUGUGCAGGACUCCAAGCGGAGACAGAGUGUGUGCAGCUCGGAGGGUUCGGAGGUGGGGGAGUCUGACGAUGAUCUCCUUCCUGUUCUUUGUGACCACAGCCAUCUGCUGGAUGACCAGCACCUAGAGAGGAUUGCCGUUCACAUGCCAGCCAGGACCAAAGGUUACAAGUGGCAGUUGGCAUACAGCACCGUGGUGCAUGGAACCAGUCUGAAAACACUGUACAGAAACAUGUCUGGCCUGGACAAGCCCGUCAUGCUGGUCGUCAAAGACAUGCAAAACAAGGUGUUUGGAGCAUUUUCCACGGAACCUUUCAGAGUCAGUGGCAGUUGCUAUGGCACAGGAGAAACAUUUCUUUACAGCUUCAGUCCAGAUUUCAAGGUCUACCGGUGGACCGGUGAAAACUCUUACUUUGUGAGAGGACACCUCGAUUCUCUGCAGAUUGGGGGAGGAGGGGGGGGCUUUGGCCUUUGGCUGGAUGCUGACUUGUACCGCGGAGCAAGCCACUCCUGUCCCACCUUUCACAACCCACCACUCUCCACGCAGCAAGACUUCUUAGUUCAAGACCUGGAAGUUUGGACCCUGCGGAACUAGAAAGGAUGGCAUCGUAAGGGAAGUGAGAAGAACCGAGGAACAGAGGCAACCCGCAAAGUGGUAUUGCCCAUGUUGACAUGAGCUGCAAAGCUCCGAGGCUUCAACCAAGGGUCCGUGCGUAGCUCACCCCAGUGGGGUUCAGCUAUCAAAACAGUAUGUGCAGGAUGCCGUCCCAUAAAAAAGAAAAAAGAAAAAAAGAAACCUGCACGCGCACAAUUGUUGACUUACCUUCUACACAACGCAAGGCGUAGCUUCACUGACGCUGGUUUGAUCCCUGGGUUAUUGUUUACUCCGGCUUCAGAGAUCCAUAGCAUCAGGGUGUUUGUGACGCGGAGCUUUAUGUAUGAAUGCUGCACUACACGCAUGGUGCUACAGUAUCAGUGGCCCUGAUCUAAGGUACAGACUGUUUAGCAGAAGUCACUGCUGAAUGCUGAGGGAGAGUGCUACUCUGGAUAAGAACAGAUCAUAGCAGACAAAAACCUCCCUUUCUUCAGUCAUCAACUAAACGCUAUAACAUGCAAUUUACUAUGUAUGUGGUUUACCAGUCUAACCUCUAGAAAAUAUAUUUUGCACAAAAAAAUAUAUUGGGCACAUCAAAGGUUGCUAGGGGACAGGAUAGCACAAGUGCCCAUUGUAUUUGGAUCUUGUCCCAUUGAUGAAUUGAGUUUGCAAUUAAGGCCACAAUUGCAGGGUAUGUAAAUACUCAGGAGACAGAUAACAGGAUUGCACAAAGUACAGUCAAUGCAAUGUGUACAGUUUAUAGGACCAAGGGAUGAAUUUCCCAUUGGGACACUUAUUUUAAAUGGAAAGAUGGAGAAAGCUGGUUUUAUAGAUCUUCAUUCAUUUUAAUAUUGAAGAAAAUGUUGGACAUUAAAACUGUACCUUCGCUUUAUGUAAUGAUAGCUCAAUUUCUUUUUAUAUUUGUGUACCCUUUUCCAUCAGUUUUUUAUGCACAUGAUGAAAAUGACGUAACAGCCUGAACUUUUUAAAUUCUUGUGUAAGACAGUGCUGGCACUGUCAAUGUCCUGAUUCCAAACUUUCAUUAAAAUCCAAUCAUAGUUUGAGAAAACGUCUAUUUUCAUUUUUGCAAAUCCCAACUAAAUUUUGCUCACUCUUUAAAACCAUAUUAUGUAUUUCACUUUCAAUGAUUUGAUUGUUUACUUCCAUCACACCAUUCAAUCUUAAAGCCUCAAGGACACACGAGCAGAACCAUGAUAGUUCCUGUGGUGUUCUGAUUGCCUCUAAGAAUUAGAGGGAAUGUAAGAAGUCGUCCACAACCCCCUAUUAUCAAUCUUUGUAAACCAUGCAAUAAUAAGUCCACUCGUUGCAUAUACAUUGCUCAUAUUCCGCAGCCCUCUGUCAUUGGUCCAUCGAAGCAGUGAACACUGUCCAGUUCCCUGCAUGGGCAUUGGAGGUAUUUAAGGCUAAAAUACUUAUUUGAAGAACGGCAUGUAUCCUUAUUGUCUAACAGUUAUGCAUGGAUUUAAUGGUUUGUUUCAAUUAGCCAGUGACUUGGCCAGAAAACCUCAAAAUAAUCCACAUUAAAUAAAGGAGAUAACGCUAACAUUUAUAAGUACACUAACA